UUUAAAUCUAUAAUAUAAGAAAGUUCUAUCUUUUUGAACUUUCUAUGUGGUGCUGCCAAGUGGCUUAGUCUUAGAGCAGAAUUUGUUUCUUCUUGAUGCGCCAUGUGUAAUUUUGAUGAUUAAUGAAGCUUCAGCAUCGGUUAUGGUUAUGUAAUGAAGAGUGGAAUGAAGAGUUUGUAACUCCUACAUGGUUUUGUUAUUUAUAGUAUUGGUUGGCUACACUUUUCUGCAGUAUCAUACCAGUGUUCAAUAUGGCAAGACCAUUAGCAAAAAUAUGUGACAUCAAUGACAGCAAAGAACUUUGGAAAGUUUCUGUUCGUGUGCACCACAAAUGGACAGUUGUUUCGAACAAGAGGGAGCAUUUUGAGAUGAUUUUUGUUGAUGUAUCGGGUGGUGACAUACAUGUUGCUGUUCCUGCACCGCAUGUAUCUCUUUUUUCUGAAAAAUGGUCUUGGAUCAUAGUUACACUGUUUCCAAUUUUAAGGUUCAGGCUAAUGUUGCGGCUUUCAGACCUUCGUCUCAUAAGUUUAUGUUGAAGUUUACUGCUGGCACUACGGUUACGAAUGAUAACAACGCUGAAAUACCUCCAAAGCCGUUGGUGUUUACUAAAUUUACUGAUAUAAUAAACGGCAACUUUAACAAGGAUGUGCUAAUAGAUGUCAUUGGUAUGGUGGAAAGUAUUGGGUAUUCACAGACCACAUCAGGUGCCCGGAAGCAGCAGAUUAACAUGAUGCUGCGUGACGGGGGUGAGAAUACUAUCAAUUGCACGCUUUGGGAAUCCUAUGCUGAACAAUUCAUGAAGUUCAAGCAGGAGCGCGGAGAUGAUUCUGGUCCUAUUUUUGUCAUGAUCCAAUAUGCUAAAGUCAAGGAACAAGGUAAGUUUCCACUGUCCGUGACAAACACGUUUAAUGUUACCGUCCUUGGUCUGAAUACUGAUUUGCUGCCGAUGAAAGGUAUGCUCCUUGGAUUUGCUCUUGUGUGGUUUUAA